UGUGAGGGAGCGUGUGAAGUGUAGUCUUUUCUUUGAGGACUGCAUACGUUGAAGGUUAAAUGCUGUAAGUUGCAGGCUGGACAGAGUGUGCAGACGACCGUCCUCGCCUCAGAGUCUCACGGUCUUCUGUCCGAAGAGGACUCACCGUCUCUCCAGUCGGUAAAGUGGGAUGCAAGCAGUCGGUAAAGUCAUGAAGGUUUUCAUUACGAGGCGCAUCCCGCCGGAGGCGAUGAAGAUCCUGUCAGCUGCUGGAGCGUGUGAGGUGUCUCAGUGGGACUCAGAUGAACCAGUGCCGAGGACAGAACUUCUUAAAGGAGUCCAGGGGGCUCACGGUCUGCUGUGUCUGCUGUCAGAAAAGAUCGAUGUUGAGGUUCUGGAUGCUGCAGGGCCAAACCUGAAAGUCAUCAGCACCCUGUCUGUGGGAUUUGACCACAUGGCACUCGAUGAGAUCAAAAAGCGUGGCAUACGUGUUGGAUACACUCCGGACGUCCUGACCGAUGCCACGGCAGAGCUGACUGUAGCUCUGCUUCUGGCCACCGCUCGCAGAUUACCAGAGGGAGUGGAGGAGGUCAAGAACGGUGGCUGGAGCUCGUGGAAGCCUCUCUGGCUCUGUGGUUAUGGUCUUUCCGGCAGCACUGUAGGAGUCAUUGGACUGGGACGCAUAGGUAUGGCCAUCGCUCGGAGACUCAUGCCCUUCGGAGUAAAGAGGCUGCUGUACUCGGGCAGAACUGCCAAAGCCCACGCUGCUGAGGUGAAUGGAGAGUUCGUUCCACUGGACACACUUGUGUCUGAGAGCGACUUCAUAGUGGUUUCCUGCGCUCUGACACCAGAAACUCAGGGCCUGUGUGACAAAUCUUUCUUCAGCAAGAUGAAGAACACAGCAGUCUUCGUCAACUCAAGCAGGGGAGCUGUGGUCAACCAGGAGGAUCUGUACCAGGCUUUGGCCAGUGGACAGAUAGCUGCGGCCGGUCUGGACGUGACAACACCUGAGCCACUGCCAACAAACCACCCGCUUCUUACGCUGAAAAACUGUGUGGUGUUACCGCACAUCGGCAGUGCCACCUACUCCACAAGAGGCGUCAUGUCAGCUUUGGCAGCCCGAAACUUGCUGGGUGGUUUACAGGGCACAGACAUGCCCAGUGAACUCACCUUCUAAAGCCUGAAACUAUGCCUACUGCCUCCUCUGGUGCUGAAUAGAAAACAGAAAAGAAUAACUUACAGAUGGAAAGAAUACUAAGAAUACUAAUGUAGUUCAGACAUGUUUAGGUGCAUGUAUCAUCAUAUCAGUGUUAGCUGGAUAGAUUAAUUUGAUUGUUACAUUUAACACUGAGUUAUACUUCGAAAGGUAGGAGGGUCAUCUCAUCAUGCUCCACUAGCUGUACAUUUAGGCAAAGUGGCUCAGACCGAUCUGCAAAACACUAUUCUAGUAUGUUCUGUGCAAAGGAUGGAAGGUAAAAUGGGAGCAACAAAAAAUAGAUAGUAAAUCUGGCAUAUGUUAAUAAUCUAAAUAUGUUAAGUAGCUAAUAUCAACAAACUUUAUCCAGAAUCACAGGCCCCAUCUUGAAUAUACAGUGUGCAUUUACAGGGAAGGAAACACUCGGUUUUUAAGUUCUUGCUAAUGAACAGACUUGCAGCACUCCAUAUCCCAGGGUAACUAUGCCUAGUUAGCCUUGUGGAAAACUGAAUAAACCUUUUUUUCAUUUGCAUUUUAAAAGAUCCCUUCAAAGUAGAAUCAUUAGUUGCUCAUCUGUCCCAUUCUAAAUGUAACAUUUGCCAUACAGAUUACCGUCAUGCUCCAUGGUCUGCACUUUAUUCUGCUGUGAAAGCUCCAUGUCUGCACUUACUAAACAGCCCAACACUCCACUUUAGUUUGUGUCAGAUUUUUUCUGAAGUAUAAAAAUAAAGUGUAGUUUAAAUAUA